UCUACUAAAAUGUUAUUUAAUCGGGCCAUGUUCUCAACCAUUCUAACUCCAACUAUCUCAACAACAACAAAACACACUUACGAGAUGGAAAGCAUAUGUCAAGAAACUCCAACUCUUCUUCUAGACAUGAAGGUCACAGUCCAUAAAACUUCAAUGGUUUUUCCUUCAAAACAAACCGAGAAGAAAUCCUUGUUCUUAUCAAACAUAGACAAGGUUCUCAAUUUCGAGGUUAAAACGGUUCACUUCUUCGAAGCAAACAAUGAUUUCCCUCCUCAAAUCGUGACGGAGAAGUUGAAAAAAGCUCUAGAAGAUGUUCUAGUGGUUUAUGACUUCCUUGCUGGAAGAUUGAAGAACAACUCUGAAACCAAUAGGUUGGAGAUAGAUUGCAAUGCAGAAGGUGUUGGCUUUGUUGUGGCUUCUAGUGACUACACAUUGGAUCAAAUUGGAGACUUGGCUUACCCUAAUCAAGCUUUUGCACAAUUUGUUCACAAGACUAAAGAUUUUCUUAAGAUAGGUGAUAUACCACUAUGUGUUGUCCAGGUAACAUCCUUCCAGUGUGGGGGUUUUGCAAUUGGCAUCACAGCCAUUCAUUUAUCCUUUGAUGGAGUUAGCUUUAAAAUAUUCUUAGAAAACCUUGCAACAUUGGCUUCUAAUAUGCCAUUAGAUGUGACACUAUGCCAUAAUAGACAACUCUUAGCCGCACGAUCUCCUCCACGUGUCAGCUUCCCCCACCCUGAGAUGAUCAAGCUCGACAAUAUAUCUAGUGUCUUUAAAUCCUCCUCGGAAGAACUUGACUUUAAGGUUUUUCAACUAAACUCUAAACAUAUCAAUAACCUUAAGGAAAAAGCAAAUGGUAACAACAACACUCGUGUCAGCAGUUUUAAUGUCAUCAGCGCACAUCUAUGGAGAUGCAAAAUGUUAUCUGGCACAUAUGAUUCUAAUGAUUUAUCAACAAUACUAUAUGCUGUUGACAUACGUAACAAAUUGAAUCCUCCAUUACCGAAAGCUUACAUUGGGAAUGCGGUUUUAACUGCGUAUGCUACAAUAAAGUGUGAGGAAUUAAGGGAAUGUGAAUUCUCAAAGUUGGUGGAGAUGGUUAGGGAGGGUUCAAGAAGAAUGAAUGAUGAAUAUGCAAGGUCGAUUAUUGAUUGGGGAGAGCUGUAUAAUGGUUUUCCGAAUGGGGAGAUUUUGGUGUCUUCAUGGUGGAGGUUAGGGUUUGAAAAAGUGGAGUAUCCAUGGGGAAAACCUAAGUAUUGUUGUCCAGUGGUGUAUCGUAGCAAGGAUGUUAUACUAUUAUUUCCUCCUUUUCGUGGAUCAAGUGAAGGUGGGGAUGAUGGGGUGAAUAUUAUAGUGGCUCUUCCUCAUAAAGAAAUGGAAAAAUUUCAAAGCCUCUUUUACACGUUUUAAUUUUAUAUAUAUAUAUAUAUAUAUAUAUAUAUAUAU